AGCAGAGCAGAGCAGCAAGAGCCCCCACAAAAGCAGCAGAGCACAACACCUCACCCCCUCACUCCUCCCCCACCUCUUCUCCCUCCAAAAACCAGCGCCUUUCCCCCUCCAAACGCCGCAUCCGUCCCGCCAGAACCGCGAGAUCGGAUCCGAGCACCACCAGCAGCAGAUUCCGCGCCACGGCAACGAGCUCCUCCCCGUCCUUCUUCCCCUCCGCGGAGGCUGGUCCGAUUCGAUCCUCCAGGCGCGCCGGCGCUCUCCGUUGGUGGAAUCUUUCCCCCGCUCGAUCCAUGUCCGGGCGGCCCCCGUUCUUGCCAGCGAGAUCCGGUCAGUCCCUCCCGAGCGGCAGGAUCUCUCUGUGAUCCCCCUCUCCGCCUUCUUCUUUCCCGGCGGGAAGAUCCGGGGUUUCUUGGGCGGUUUCCUCGGGGGCUCGCCGGACAUGGCGUACGCGUCGCCGUACGUGCUGUCGUUCCUGCUGCUGCUCUCCAUCCCGGCGGUCUACUUCCUCGCGCCGCGCCUGCUGCUGCCCAAGACGCUCCCGGCCAUCCCGGACGCGGACGAGACGGAGGACCUGGCGCUCUUCCGCCGCGCCGUGCUCCUCUCGGCCGCGCCGGGCGCGCCCGUCGCCGCCGCCUUCGGCCGCCGCCCGCAGGCGCGGCCCAAGGUGGCCUUCCUCUUCCUCACCAACUCCGACCUCGUCUUCGCGCCGCUCUGGGAGAAGUUCUUCGCGGGGCACCACGGCCUGCUCAACGUCUACGUCCACGCCGACCCCGCCGCCAACCUCACGCUGCCGCCGACCCCGUCCUUCCGCGGCCGCAUCAUCCGCGGCAAGGCCACGGCGCGCGCCUCCGCCACGCUCAUCUCCGCGGCGCGCCGCCUCCUCGCCACCGCGCUGCUCGACGACCCGGCCAACCACUUCUUCGCGCUGCUCUCCCAGUCCUGCGUCCCGCUCCUCCCGUUCCCCGCCCUCUACCGCACCCUCGUCACCGACAACAAUGCCGCCGGCGCCGGCCGCCACCGCCGCCACCGCAGCUUCAUCGAGAUCCUCGACAGCGAGCCCACCCUGCACGCCCGCUACUACGCGCGCGGCGACAACGUGAUGCUCCCGGAGGUGCCCUUCGACCGCUUCCGCGUCGGCUCGCAGUUCUUCGUGCUCGCCAGGCGGCACGCCGUCAUGGUGGUCAGGGACAGGAGGCUCUGGAACAAGUUCAAGGCGCCAUGCCUCGUCAAGGAGAAGGACUCGUGCUACCCGGAGGAGCACUACUUCCCGACGCUGCUCGACAUGCAGGACCCCGACGGCUGCACCAAGUACACCCUCACCAGGGUCAACUGGACCGACGCCGUCGACGGCCACCCGCACACCUACCAGCCGGAGGAGGUCUCCGGGGACCUCAUCAGGGAGCUCAGGAAGUCCAACGGCACCUACUCCCACAUGUUCGCGCGCAAGUUCGCGGCGGGGACCCUUGCGCCGCUCAUGGAGAUCGCCGACUCCGUCAUCCUGCGUGACUAGGCGCUCCGGUGUUCGUCGAGAUGAACAGAACAAGGGUUGUGAUGUGAUGAAGAAGCAUAAGCUGAUCCAUCCAUUCCUUUGUGGUUUCUUCAGAGAUGAGCAAGCCAGCACCAAACCUACUUCGCCUUGUUGUUCCGUCAGUGUCCGUCGGCCGCGAAGGGGAUGCUGCUGCUUGCUCAGACUCAAGAGAGUGAUGUUGGUGUCGGUGGCGAAGUGCCCCGACUGCCUCUAUCCUAUGUGAGUAUUUGUUGUGUUUCUUGGUGUUUUCCUUUCCACUUUGAUCCGAGCGAGAGGAAGUCGUUGGCACGCGGUAGGCGUGUUAGCUGGUAGUUAGCACGGAUGAUCAUCCUAUGUAUUCACAAUGGAGGCAACCUGUCGAUACAUGUAGUGAUGGUUUUUGUAGUAUAUGUUAUCCCCAUGUUGUCAUUGUCAAUAUCACACACCUUUUCCUCUAAA